CUCAAGAAAACAUUUAUAGUGCAAGUACUUUAUUACGUACUUAAAGGGACAGUUACCCCAUAAUGGAAAUGUUUUAAUCAUUGACUCAACAUCGAGUUUAUGAGUUUCUUUAUUCCGUUGACAACAAAAUAUAUUCUGAGGAUGUAAGAAACAUUGUGACUUAUGAUUACUAUAAUAGGAAAAAUAACAAAUACUUUGUAAUCCAAUUGUUACAUCUGCAUGUUUUAAAAAUAAUAUUUUGCGCUUGUUCAACAGAAAAAAAGAAUAUGAAACACGUGAAUUAAAUGAUGAAUUGCAAUUUUUGAAAGAACUGUCCCUUUAAGGGCUCUCAUUAGCGGAAAGAGGGUGUGGUUUGCAGUUCGAAGAAACGCUCGCUGAUUGGUUUCUAUCAUGUUCAGUUUACAGCCAAUAGGACAAUCGCACGCCUCCUUCUUAAAAGCGCAUUACGAAAAGUUUCGUUAUUGUUACUUUAGGUAGCAGGAAAAAUCUAAUCGAGACGAAAAUGAGCGGAAGAGGCAAAACCGGAGGAAAAGCCCGCGCUAAGGCAAAAUCUCGUUCUUCGAGGGCGGGUCUGCAGUUCCCAGUCGGUCGUGUUCACAGACUUCUUCGCAAAGGCAACUACGCACAGCGCGUUGGUGCUGGAGCUCCAGUAUAUCUGGCCGCUGUGUUAGAAUAUUUGACCGCUGAGAUCCUGGAGUUGGCUGGAAACGCCGCUCGGGACAACAAGAAGACCCGCAUCAUCCCCCGACACCUUCAGUUGGCAGUGCGCAAUGACGAGGAGUUGAAUAAGCUUCUGGGCGGAGUGACCAUCGCUCAGGGCGGCGUGCUGCCCAACAUCCAGGCCGUGUUGCUGCCCAAGAAGACCGAGAAAGCCGCCAAGAAAUAAACCAAGUUUUUAAAGACCUUUUAAAAACCAAAGGCUCUUUUAAGAGC